AUGUCGACGACGGCGCACAGCUACCGGCCCAUCUCGUCCUCGACCCUCUCCUCCCUGCCCGUGGACUUGACGCCGUCGACGAGCCCGAAGCCCAAAGUCGCACCCCCGCGCAAGCCGACCCUCGCUCAGCGAUGGGAAUCCUUCAUCCGCGUCCGGCAGGAGUACUCUCUCAACAUGGUGCGGCCCUCCUUCUUCGCUCCCGUCCCCGACGCCCGUGACGCUCGCAAGUCAUCCACAACUUCAAACGGCGAGCGCGGCACGAAGACUCAAGCCCAGGGCCAGCUCCCGCGAAGCGACAUGACAAUGACGACAGAGGCGCGCAAGCUCACCAAGGCCAAGGGCAAAAGCAAGGCGCGCCGCGCGGCGUGA